AUGGACGACGGAAUUAUACUGAACAUCGCAGAGUCUCCCGAAGAGCCUAUCCGUCGGAGAAGCAAUGUCAAAGGCGGAAGAUGGACCGAUAGAGUCAAAGCAAAGCGAGUGCAGAAACGCAAGAGUACUACUGGGACUACUUCUAAGGUUCAUCAAACCGACCUUCAACCGAAUGCAGUUGAGCUUGACGAGAGUCCACGACCAGCGAAGAGGUCUCGCCAGGUUCCUCCACAACAUCAGGAAUCCCGUCAUUCUGAACCGGACCGUCAGUCCAAAUCAGCUAAUACUGGUCGUGCUCCUCAGAUAAUAUCAUCGCUCUUCACCUUCAACCCCAAGGUUGAUGUUGAAAGCAUACCUCGAUCACCUUCCAAGAUAAGCAAGCCCAGUAAUGCUCCUCUGACGGACAAGUCCACCUUCACCGGACUCGGUCUGGAUCCCUUAAUAGUCACUCACCUUGCGUCAAAGAUGAACAUAUCAGCACCGACAUCCAUUCAGCGCGAAGCCCUCCCACCACUACUUUCCUCAUUGUCCGAAGAUACUUCAGAGAGGGACGUCUUCAUACAAAGUCAAACGGGUUCCGGAAAGACUCUUUCAUACCUUCUCCCCAUCCUCCAGGACCUCCUCCCCUUGAGCUCCCUUUCUUACAUCGAUCGCUCCAUUGGGACACUCGCUAUCAUCAUCGCACCUACCCGUGAACUCGCAAAGCAGAUAUCGGACGUCUUGGAGCAACUGCUGAGCUUGCGUUUACGACCUCCUGAUGAAAACGUAGACGAUGCUACUGCUUCAACACGACUUACACGAUGGUUAGUUUCUGGUCUACUCAUCGGAGGAGAAAACCGGACGCAUGAGAAAGCUCGUUUGCGCAAAGGUCUUCCGAUAUUGGUCUCUACACCUGGUCGCCUCUUAGAUCAUCUUCAAAACACUUCGUCAUUCAACGUAGGGAAAUGCCGAUGGCUCGUACUAGAUGAAGCCGACAGGCUUAUGGACCUUGGUUUCGAGGAAUCGAUCAAAGGAAUCUUACAAGCUUUGGAGGGACGGCGGAGGUUAGCUAUUCAAGCGGUAGAGGAAGGGAAGAGUAUGGAAGCCGGUGGAUGGGAUUGGAAACGACGACGACGAACUAUACUCUGUUCUGCUACUAUCAAAGAGAACGUACAACAUCUCGCUGGAACAGCACUCGUGAAGCCUAUUAUCGUCAAAGCAAUGGAAAUCGAGGAACCAUUGGAUUCGACAGCAAAUCCCGACAGUCAUGCUCAGGGCAAUGAUGCACACAAGGAUGGUCAAAAGUUCACUCCACCCUCGCAACUUCUCCAGAAAUACGUCGUAGCUCCGUUGAAGCUACGCCUUGUUGCUCUCGUCGCUUUGCUACGAACUCUUCUCUCCCAAUCACAUGCUCGAAGUGGAACAAAAAUCAUUGUUUUUCUUAGCUGUACCGACUCUGUCGAUUAUCAUUGGAAGCUUCUGGGUGGAUCAUCUAUCGAUGGAACCGCUACAGAAGCGGAUGAGUCGGAGGACUCAGAAGCCGAGGAUCAAGACGACUCUGAGGAUAAACUGGGGAAGAGAGCAGAGGAACGAAUCGCAUUGGCUUCACCAUUCCUCCCUCAAACAUCCAUCUACCGUCUACACGGUUCACUUCCAUUACAAACCCGACAAGCAUCUCUCAAGGGCUUCGCAAGUCCUCAAACAAAAUCACAGUCAAAGGAUUCUAAGGAUGUGCAAUCGAGUUCUUCAAUAUUAUUAUGCACGAGCGUCGCCUCGCGAGGCCUCGACCUCCCUCUCGUCCGUGCAGUCAUACAAUACGACUUACCCACAGAAGGAGGUGCAACGGAGUACGUGCAUCGUGUUGGACGUACAGCUCGUGUUGGUAAAGGAGGUGAGGCGUGGAGUUUCGUCUUACCAAGUGAACAAGGUUGGGUUCAUUGGAUCGAGGAGCGCAUGCAUGACACACACAAGACAACUGACGGAGAGAAAAAGAAGGGGGCUACUCUGGUUUCUGCUAGUGUCGAGAGUGUUUUGAAGAGUGGGUUCGGUGGGAAAGGUGAGGAGUUUGAGGAACGUGCGACGCAGGUGCAGUUGGCGUUUGAGCGAUGGGUUUUGAAGCGGAAGGAGCACGGUGACCUAGCACGCAAAGCAUUCCAAUCACACAUGCGAGCCUACGCAACACACCCUUCCGACGAGAAACACAUGUUCCACAUUCGUAAUCUCCACCUCGGACACCUUGCCAAGGCGUUCGCUCUACGUGAUGCCCCAGGAAACAUCACACAAAAGCAAGGAGGAAGGAACAGCUCAAGUACAAGGAAGUCGGCGAAAACCAAAGCGCGUAGACGAAAUCAAUCGUAUAGUAUCAAUAAUGCGGACGAUAAAGAUAAUCUCGUCCGCAAGACAGCAAAAUCAGUAUCUCAAGCUCCUUCCGAAGACAAACAAGGAACACGACGUAAGAAUAAUCGGAACUUGGAACACGAUACGACCGCAGAAGCUCGUAUGCAAGAAGUUGUACGCCGACAAGGUCGACUUGUCAAGAAGGGUGGAGUGCUUAUGGCGAGUGGGACGGACGAGUUCCAAGUUGCGGGAGGUUAUGAUUUGGAGAAACUCGUUGGUUCUCGAUAA